CCAUUCGUCGAUGACACGUGGAGCAAGGAGAAUGCAGACCAGCGUGAAAACGUGCGGGCUUCCCUCACCGGAUUUUGUCCAUCUUCUCCUCUAUUCUCACAUCCCGUCGACGCGCGACCGAAACUGAGGAGCAGAGAGCGCGCGUAGUGAGAUUCGAGGUUCCGCCAUGGAUUUUUGGAACAAAGCUCGAAGUUUUGCUGAGGAAACAGCGAAGCGCUCACAGGAGCUGACUCUGGAAGCUGCAAGGCGUUCCCAAGAGCUCUCGAUCGGAUCCUCUAGACUGUCCGAUAUCGUUUCCGAGACUGCUAAACGCUCCAAGGAAUUUGCUAACGAAGCCUCCAAGCGAGCUGAACAAAUUAAAGCGGAAGCUGUUAAACGAGCUGAUCUUAUCAAGCACUUGGUCGAAGGGUCUCCGCCGUCUGGCGCGCUCGAGGAGAACGCUUAUGAUGAAGAGACGCGGGAGGAGGAUUUGCAGCGGUUUGGGAUAAACGAAGAGCUGAGGGACUUCGUCAAAGGGAUCACUAUGAGUACAUUUCGAGAUUUUCCACUCGAAGAUGAUUCACAAAUGUCCAGUGUCCCCAUAGUCUCAAAUAUUAGUCAGGAUCUAACUGAGUGGCAGGCGAAGCAUGCAAGUCUUGUUCUUUCAACUGUCAAGGAAAUUUCUAAGUUACGUUAUGAAUUGUGUCCACGCAUUAUGAAAGAGAGAAAAUUCUGGAGGAUUUACUUUAUGUUGGUGAACAGGCACAUAGCACCCUAUGAGAAAAAGUACAUGGAGGAUGCCAUACUGAAAUCAGCUAAGCAAGCUGAAGAUGGAAAGAUGGAACCUGUUAAAACUGAAAUAACAUCUACAUCUCAGGAGGAGAAGAAAGUUGCUCCAGCCUCCUCAUCAAGUGAUCAGGAGAAGAAAAUUGCUUCAACCUCCUCGUCAAGUGGUCAAGAGAAGAAAAAUGCUCUACCCUCAUCAAGUGAUCAAGACUUGGAUGUAUUUCUUCUUGGGGAUCUUGGAGACAGCGAUGAAGGUCCAGAUGAUGGAGAUGAGGACUUUGAUGAUGACUUUGACAAGAUGGUUGACAGUUCGGAUGGGGAGCAAGACAAACUGUAGGAGUUACAUAUUGCGUCAUUGCUUCUCAUCCAUUUGAAUUGAAGUUGUCUCUGUUCUGUUCUGUUCUUGGUGGCGGGUUUCAGUGGGAUAAAUGAUGAUCCAAUAAAACCCAAGUCUUCUCCCUCCACUAGAGCAGCUCUUGCAGCUGCACCUGUGCUGGAGAAAAAUGGUAAUCUUAUUGUCAUUCUUUUGAGGGAGGUAUUAUUUUAUGUACAAAACUCUUGUAUACUUCAAACUUCAAAGCCUGAGCAUCUUGGCUUGCUUGUUUUCCAUUUUGUACAGCUCUGAGCACUCUUAACUAUUAUCAUUUUUGUCCUCCUUAUAGCCCUCUUCACAUUUGAUUAAUAUUUCUAGGCUGAUAGGUCUAGACAGAUUUGAUCCCCAGUUCAAUUUA